UCCUCUCUGCCUGUAACUUCUCUCCUCCUCAACCAUGCCUCCGACCCUGGCCACAGCGUUCGCCAGGCGCUGGUGGAUGGCAGUGACUGCCAUCGUGGAGAAUCUGCUCUUCUCUGCUGUGCUGUUGGGAUGGGGAUCGCUCCUCAUCAUGCUCAAGUCAGAAGGCUUCUACUCGUACCUUUGCAACGAGGAGGGCAACAGUACCAGCUUUAAUGUGUCCCAACCCCUGGCAACCCCAGCACCGGAUGAGUAUUCAGAGUACUAUGACAGCGAGGUGGUUGGUCUGGGAGACGGAGUGGAGAUGAGGCCCCUGGUACCUAUGGAUGGGCCCCUGAGGAUGAACGGCUGGCUGAUUUGUAAAGAACAGGACGAGAUGCUGAACUUAGCGUUCACAAUUGGCUCCUUCCUGCUCUCAGCCAUCACCUUGCCACUGGGGAUCGUCAUGGAUAAAUAUGGGCCUCGCAAGCUACGACUGCUGGGAAGCACGUGUUUUGGCUUGUCCUGCCUUAUGAUUGCAUACGGAGCCUACAAUCCAAAUGAACUCUCUGUCCUUAUCUUCAUUGCCCUGACUUUCAAUGGCUUCGGAGGCAUGUGCAUGACCUUCACCUCUCUCACACUCCCUACCAUGUUUGGGGACCUCCGUUCCACCUUCAUCGCCCUGAUGAUCGGCUCCUAUGCCUCCUCUGCUGUCACCUUCCCCGGUGUCAAGGUGAUCUAUGAUCUUGGCAUACCUUUCAUCACUAUCCUGGUGGUGUGGGCUUCCUGUGCUGCACUGGUCUUCUUGAACUGCAUGUUCAACUGGCCACUGGAACCAUUCCCCGGACCAGAGGACAUGGACUACACUGUAAAGAUCAAGUUCAGCUGGCUGGGUUUCGACCAUAAAAUCACAGGAAAGCAGUUCUACAACCAAGUGACCACAGUGGGCCGUCGUCUCAGCGUGGGCAACAGCCUCAAGCAGAAGGAGCUGGCCACAAAGCACGGACACAAGCUCUGUCUCUCCACUAUGGACCUGGAAAUGGAUUGCAAAUCAAAAGAAGAAUCCCAGUCAUUCAUGAAAACCAUCACCACCCCAAUUUUCCUGCUCAGUCUCGUGACCAUGUCCAUCACUCAGCUCCGUCUCUUGUUCUACAUGGGGGCCAUGAACAGCGUCCUGGAGUCGCUCACAGAUGGAGACCUCAACACAGUGAGUCUGUACUCCUCCAUCUUCGGUAUUCUGCAGCUACUUUGCCUAAUGACCACUCCCGUGAUUGGUCAGAUCAUGGACUGGAAGCUGAAGGAGUGUGAUGAUGGAGAGGAGGAAAAGGAGCCCUGCAGCAAGGGAGAGAUAAAGAAGAAGCGCAGAGACAAAAAGACCCAGAAAGUGACCAAUGCUUUGCGAGCAUUCGUCCUCACAAACACCCUUUUGGUGGGAUUUGGAGUCACCUGUUUAGUGCCCAAUCUCCCCCUGCAGAUUGUGUCAUUUGUUCUACACACUGUGGUGAGAGGAUUCAUCCACUCUGCCGUUGGUGGCCUCUAUGCUGCUGUGUAUCCCUCUUCCCAGUUUGGCAGUCUUACAGGCAUGCAGUCUCUGGUCAGUGCUGUGUUUUCUCUGCUGCAGCAACCCCUGUUUCAGGCUAUGAUGGGACCUCUGCAGGGAGACCCAUUCUGGGUCAACAUUGGACUCUUCGCUCUCAGUAUGCUGGGCUUCUUGCUGCCUCUCUACCUGCUCUGCUAUAGACGGACGCUCAACAGGCAGCAACAGGAGAGGGAGGACGACGCUAAGAUCUACAUCAAAAUCAACGGCUCUGAUAUCCCUGAGGCCUACGUCUAGAAUAAAGGAAAUGCAGAGAAGUGGAUUGCAAACGAAGAAAUAUUUUUUACCCAGAAGCAAUUGCAUUCCAUCAAAUCAUGCAAAAGGACAACUGAAAUCUUACCUAUUUAGAAUAUCACAUUUAAACCAACUGUAUAAUUGGGUACAUACACAAACAGACUGCCACAUCAAGUUUCCAAAAUCCCGCCAAGAUCGACUGAUGCUGUGGCUUUAAAGUGAGUUGGACAGUUGCUGAGGAGAUAUGUAUCUCACAUUUCGAGGGGAAAAGGAAAUAACAAGAGGAAAGACUGUGAAAGGAAAGAGGCAUGAGCCCUCUGUAUUCCCCCAAAUCCUCUGACUUCUCUUUUUAUUCCCUCCUCUCAGAAAAGACUGCUUUAAUAUUCCCCAUAUAGGAGCGUUUGCUUAAUAUUCCCCCCGUGACACCAACAACACUGUCACCCUCACAACCAACCUCACCAACGUUAGUGAGCGAUUCCAAUUUUAUGAUUUUUGUUUUUGUUUAUGACUUUAAAUCAUCCUGAUUGUAAAUCUCAUAACAUGGUGCUACCUAUCUAUUCAUCACCUGGAUGUUUUUGUGAUAGAUGGUGUACGGUCAGUGUGGACUAAAUGGCAUUAAUGAGUGACAGGGAGGAGAGAAGCGCCUUAUGGCUGAUGUUUCUUAAGACUGAUUAGGCUUAAUUAUAGUGCUUUUUUUUUUUUUGCUGGACUAACAUCUUAAUACAACUUAAAACUACUGUAGCUUAGAAUAUGCUGCAGUAUUGGAAGAAUGACAGUGUUUUUAUGGGCUGUACUGUAUUCCAUAAGAGGGAAGUCAAACUGCGGUAUGUUUCGCGAAAAGCAGAUGUACAUUUAGAGUAUUUAUUUUAUGUUAUGCUUUCUAUAGUUUUUUUUUAUACGUUAGGUUUACCAGCGUACCUGUUGAAUAUACCUUCAUGUGAAAAAGGUUUCUUCAUUGGGUAUCAAGUAUUUAUACACAUAUCAGUGACAAUGGUAAUACUAUUUAAAGACAGUAGUUCACUCAGUCUGUCUACCUACUGUUCAGCACUUUAUACCCUGUUAACCCCUUUAGUCAGCUCAUUACAGCACUUCUCUCCUAAUGCCUCUCCACAGAUAUAGUCCCACUUUCAUGUUGAGCUCCUCCCACUGUCAUAUGUGUAUUUAUUUCAUUUUAAACUAACUUUUCCAUAAUACCUUUCAUCAUGUAUGUAAAUUGUGCUGUGCUGGCUUUGACUCAUAUGUCUGAUCAUAUACUGAGUGGUUUGCAUAGAGCUCUUUCUUCUACCGUUGAAGAUAAUGUAGAGAUGUUUUAUUGUACAGGCGUUCCUGCCUGAAGAUGGAAGAAUUUGGGGGGUUAUUAAAGAUGGGUUGAUCUCUUUAAA